AUGAAAGAUAUAACUGCACAACUGGAAAAUUGCGAUGACAUCAUUGUCAACGACGCGGAGACAAGUACAUCACUGGACAGUCCUGUGGACUGGUGCGGCGCGCACGGUGUCCGGUACAACGAAGACUUCCGCAACGUUGUGUACAAAAUUAACCCUAACCAUUUGUCCUGUGGGUACAAGAAAAUGUUUGAGGCGAGUGCCACAAGCAGCUUACGUGGCAUGGAACAAGAUGUUGAGGAUGAAAAUGAUAAAGAAUUAAAUAAGAAAAUGAAGGAUGAGACAAACACAUGGGCUACAACUGUCCGACAGCAUACACAAGGAUCGUGUGCUUCCUCUCAUAAAUACAAAUUUGACAGUCCACCUCCUCACAGAGGACAAGCACAAAUUAUACAGUCCCUAAGCUCAGCUUAUACGUCAAGUCCAGGGAAAACUGUCACCAAAAAGGAGUUCCGGGGAUGGGAUGUUUGUUCAAGGCCUCAUUCUGCCGACAGCUCUGGAUACCUAAAGUUCACUUCCGCUGAAACACGUGACAUGAUGCGUAAUAGAAGUCAGUCCGCCUGCGUGAAGAAUGGCAUGAAACGUGAGAAGGUAUUUAUGAGCAAGGUCCAGAUCAACGGCCCCCCUCGUGCUCAGUCGACAUUGGUAAGAACGUCCAUGGACAUGUUCGAAAAUCGAGACACUGUACAAAGCAAGUUGCAUCUGGAUCAUCCAUUGCGUGCCCAGUCCUCAGGUGGGAAAUUCUACGGUGACGUCGCAGACAGGACUAUGGAAUCUCAAUCCCAUACGUCAACCGGAAGUUCGAAUCACAGUAUACCAGUGCCAUGUCCUUAUGUCGUUGGUAGUACUAAUUCGGCUGACGUCAUUUCAUACGAGUUCGAACACUUUUUGCUUCCUAAUGAGCACACCAAGAAAUAUCGGGAGGACUACACCUAUCGUAAAUUGGAGAUUGCCAGGAGCCUAGCGUCAGGUUCCAGUGUGUUACGAAUGAAUAUUCCAAGUUCCUGUAUUCCGAUCACCGUCCCCGUGUUUAUGUCUCCGAACACAGAAUGCAACAAAUGCAAGACUCCGGUCGACACGACUCCUAAUCGGAGCCCAAGCCCAGUACCAUCUCCCACCCCUCAUGAAAAGCCCGAGGAUACCAAAAUUGCCGUCAACUGCAAGAAAGCCGUUCUUAAGAAGCGGUUGUCCAAACCACCAGUUCCAGAAAUGGGAAGGAAAGUUCCCCACUAUCUCCUCGCAAACAAUGGCACAUUAAAGAUGGAUUAUUACAACAAUCCUUUGACAUUUGACAUCCCUGAGAAUGAUAAGACCGUCAACAAACCUCCUUCACCUAUUGUCUGUCGAACGCGCCCCACCAUCCCUAGCAAUGCGCAUGGCAACAUCUACCCUAGUUCUACCGACACUCACUCGUACGUCAUCAGGCGUCGCAAAGGAAUACAGUGA